CACAUGGCAAGUUUUCAGUCCAAAUUAAAUAAUAGCCAUUUACGAAAUAAUUGUUAUUUGUAUUAUGAACAUUAAUUUUUCUCAGGUAAAAUAUCUAUCGACAGUAAUAUUAACUUAACUAUUAAAUAAUUUUUUUUGGUGAAAAUAUUUGUAUUAGAUAUUCUUAUUUAAUUACAUACAAAGAAGUAUUUGUUUCUAUUUAAAUUAUGGCUAUCAAACGAUUAUCGACAAAAGAUAUAAACCACAAAGAAAAAAUGCUCAAGGUUGACCAUGAACUUACCACUGAUUAUACGGAAGUAUUAACUUGUGGUGAUAUUGAAUUUGUUGAAUCAGGAAAUGAUAAUCAUCUUUCAGAAGAUGAAAAGAAAGCAGUAAAAAAAGAUAAUAACCAGCCAAAUGACAAAUUACAAGUAUCAAAAAAUAAGAUCAAAGGUGUUAAGGAGAGCAAAAUAAAAAAUCCUAAAGGAAAACUAAAUAAUACUAAAGACAAACCUACAGAAAAACCAAAUUGGAAAGAGUUCAAAAAAGAAAAGCAAGAAUUACGAGUAAAACGCAAACAACAAAAAUGUCCAUUUUAUGAAACUAUUAUAAAAGCUAAGCAACAUUGGGAAAAUGUUCGUAGGGAUGAUUGUCCAAAAGACAAGAAAGAAACAUUACUGAAGGAACUUCUUAAAUUUUCUAAACCUCAUUUAGAACCUAUGGUUUAUUCUCAUGAUACAUCACGUAUUGUUCAGUGGAUGAUAAAAUUGGGAACUCCAGAAAUUCGAACUGUAGUAAUAAAUGAAUUGCUUAAGCAUGUGCCAAAAAUGUUACUGUCCAAGUAUGCUUCUUUAUGUGUAAAAAAUAUGUUUAAACAAGGAAAUGCUGAACAACGAAAGCUCAUGAUAAAUUCUGUAAAAGGCAAAGUUUAUGCACUAACUUUGCGCACUAAUGCUGCAAAAAUAAUGGAUCUAAUUUAUACAACAUAUGCUACACCUGAACAACAAAACUCAAUGAUGCAUGAAUUAUAUGGCGCCUCAAAUAUUUUGUGUGAAUCUACCAAUGUUCAGUCAUUUUCUGAUAUUUUAAAAAAUUCUCCAAAUACUAAGGAUAUUAUACUAGCCAAAACAAAAGAUCACAUAAAAAAAUUUGUUUUAAAGCAAAAAAACUCUAUGCAAACUACAUUGGUUCAUAACUUAAUUUAUGAGUAUUUGUUGUAUGUUGGUGUAAAAGAAUGUGGAGAAAUUUUUUCAUCACUCAGAGAAUUUCCAUUUGAACAUUUUUAUACUUCGAAAAGUGGUUGUCAUAUUGCAAUGUAUCUUCUUUGGACAUCGUCUCCGAAAGAAAAAAAAGCUAUAUUGAAGCAUAUAAAGUCAACUGGGGCUAUCCUUGAUUUAGCAACAAUGGAAUAUGGUCACCUUAUAUUGUUAGCAUUAUUUGACUCUGUUGAUGAUACUGUACUCGUUAAAAAAACAAUUAUUCCAGAAAUUCUCAAUAAUAUUGAUAAUAUUGCUACUAAUGAGUAUGGUCGUCGUGUUAUUUUAUACCUAGUUUCAUGGAGAGACUCAUCAUAUUUCCACCCAAAUGAUAUUGAGCAAUUAAAAAAAGGAGAUUCAAUAAAAGAUUGUAAAAAAGAGGAUGAAGUACGUGUUAAAGAAUUAUUAAAUGCAGUGUCUGAACGUUUGUUAAAACAUGUGCAAGAAACUCCUUCGUUUUGGUUAAACAAUGGAUCAAUAGCAAUGGUAUUGCUUGGAAUAUUGAAGUCAGGAAAUGGAGAAACAUUGGAAGCUGCAAUGAAAACAGUAGCUGAUUACAUUGUUGAUCCCAAUAAUCAAAUUACUGAUAAAGAUAAACAAGUCCCAGUGUAUGAGCAUGCUGGUCUUCAUAUGAUGUUAAGGAAACUAAUAGGACAUGAUCAAGUAUUGGCGGAUAGUGAGAAAUCUUCAUUUUCAGAAAUAUUGUCAUUAGCUCUUACUCAAGAAACUCUUAAAACUUGGAUGCAAUGUAAUCGUGCUUGUUUCCUAAUUGUUAGUUUAUUGGAAUCCAAAGUAAAUUCAGCAAUAAAAAACAUAAAAACUCUCAUGAAAACAGAUAUAAUGAAAUUAUUGAAUUCGCAACAUUUUUCUGGUGCUAAAGUCUUAAUUACAAAAAUGAAAUCUAAAGAUUAAUAUUAGUUUCACUUUGCAUAAUUUAAUAAAUGUAUUAUAAUUUAAAAUACUUCUGUUCACUGUGUAAUAUUUAUUAUUAUAAAAUUUAUAAUAGCAAAUAUUUAAUAUUGUUUAUAAAGAUCAUUUUUAAGUAUAAAAAAUAUUAAGUGACAAUUUGUUGAUUUUAU